AUGUUGCGCCAUUUGAAAAUCGGCUUCCGCGAUAUUGCUCCGGAGCAGCAAUCCUCCUUCGACUGGAAAUCCAUUUCCCUGCCGAACCUCGAGUCGAUACAUCUUCAAAAUACCAGCUUCGACUUCCCCAGCCUUCAGCACUUCCUCGCGGUCCACUAUCAUCAACUACGCGCCAUUGAACUUCGUCGCAUUGGAAUCGCUUUCCAGAUCGAUGGGACCAAUAUGAGCAAUGUACGCGACAGAUGGACCCAUAUUUUCGAUGAAAUAAGGCAGAGACAAUCGAUUCGGGGUGGACCCAGCAUAUUCCGUAUCCGUCAGCUUGGCUAUCAUGGCUUCUCCCCUCAAAGCACCUUGAGUUGGGAGCCCGACCAAUUGAUAGAAUGGGGAUCACAGGAUGAGGAAAGCUGGCACGGUGUACGCCUGAUGAUUGCUUCUCGAUGGUACCCGCAUUCAUUUUCGAAUGUAGAUCUUGCAUCGCUCUUCAACAUCCCGGAGCAUGACCCCGGGCAUCAGCACUUCCGGCCAGAUCCGUAA